AUGAUUGCUGAUAAUGAAGAGUUGCAUCACCUUUAUGUUAAUAUUGAUGCUGGUGAAUUACCUGGCAUAUCAUAUACCAAGGAUCUCACUGUAACAUUUGUACAACGAAGCGGUGCAUUAGAAGAUCGAAUUAAUGUUGGUGAUAAAAUUUUGGCAGUAAAUGAUUGCUCUGUAAGUGAUCGAAAUGCAUUUGAUCGAAUUCAACGAAAACAACACAUUACACGCAUCACAGUAAAUCGUGAUAAAAAACGUGGCGAAAAAAUUAAGCAAGAGCAAUAUGUUGAUGAUAAAAGAAUUAUAAAACGUGAAGGUUUUCUAUAUUUGAAAGUGAAAAUGACACAACAUAGGAUAGGUACACGAGUAGGUUUGCUAAGUCGAGGCCUCGUGGCGCAAUGGACAACGCGUCGGUCUACGGAACCGAAGAUUGUAGGUUCGACUCCUGCCGAGCAAGUAAAAAGUAAUAAAGAAGGACACGUUUAUGUGACACGUGUGCUAAAUGGCUCAUUAAGUGCUGAAUGUUUAAUCGUUGGUGAUCGAAUUUUGCAAGUUAAUGGAACAAUUAUUAAUGAUAAAGAAAUGGCAAAAAAAAUUAUUGUUCAGGGUUUAUUAAAAGGAAAUAUAAGUAUUCUUGUAGAGCGUCCUGAUUCUUCUAAAGCACGCAAUUUUAUAUCUGAAGUAUUGUCUGUUCGAACACCACCAAAUACUGAAAUAUGUCACUAA